AUGAAAAUAUUUCAGACAAACGUCGACAAUUUUAAUUUAAAUAUAUGUGAACAAAAUGAAAAUAUAAAUACAACAUGUGGUCAUGUAGAAUAUAUAAAAAAUGACAUUCAACAAAAUGAAGAUCCUUGUUAUAAUGAUAAUAAUAUAUACUUUGAUGAUGAUAAAUUAUUAAGGAGCGGGGAAUCUGUUCCUUCUAUUACCACACAUAAAAUAAGUCAUGACGAUGUGCAUAAAAAAAAAAUAACCGAACAAAAUGACUUGGAUAGUAAAAAUUAUAUUAAACGUAACCAUAGUAGUAAUAAUAAUAAUAAUAAUUAUAGUAAUGAUAAAAAUAUUCUUAAUGAUGAUAUAUCCAUGUCUCCCAAAAAGAAGAAGGCCAAAUACAACAACUCCAGUAAGAAUAAAAAAGAAAGUGAUAAAUGUGAUGAUAAAUGUGAUGAUAAUUGUGAUGAUAAUCGUGAUGAUCAUUGUGAUGAUAAUUAUGAUGAUGAUUCACAUCAUAAUCCUAAUAAUAUUAAUCACUUAAGAGAAGAAAUAAAAAAAGAACUAUUUAAAAAACUCAAUAUCAUUUUAGAUGUUAAUAUGAAUAUGAAUACUGAUGAAGAAUAUUAUAUGAAAUUUUUAAAAAACAGAAAAUUCAGAAACUAUAUUAUGAAUACUUCCAAAUUUAUUAUCAUCCUAGGAAAAUAUUUACAACUUUCUUUUUGCACCAUAUGUAUUGCUUUAUAUUAUAUGAAUAAAUAUAAUCAGAAAAUUCUUAAAAGAAAAAAAAACACCAUAAGUUAUCUCAUUGCAGGUGCCUGUAUUUUCCUUGCUUGGAAAUUAAGAGAAGAUUUUGAACUCUUGAAAAAAUCAAGAAAAUUAUAUGAUAUACCAAAAGUUAUUUUUAAACUAUUAAAUUAUUUUUAUAAAAAAAAAAAAAUCAAAAAAAAAAUACAUUCUAUCGAAUUAGAUUUAAUAACAAAUUAUAAAAUUAAUCAUACCUUUUAUAAUACUCAAAUAUUUAAUCACAAAACCUUUUCUUCUUUUAUGGAACAUAUAAAAAAAGAAAACUUAUGUGACAUAAGCAUAAAACAAGAAGAACAAAAGAAACAACAACUGAAUCAAGCUUCAAAAAAUGAAAAUACUUACAUAGAUACAAAGAAAGAACAUAAAAACAAAAAACAAUCCAAAUGUUUACAUAUUAAUAAUAAUGUAAAUAAUUUACAAGAAAAUAAAUCCAUAUAUAACGACCUACAAGAAUUGAAUAAUAUAAUUGAAGAAGGAUAUAUAUCUGAUAUAAAUAAUAUAAAUCAUGUCAGUGAUUGCUUUAGUUCAUAUUUGUCUGAAUGUAAUAGCAGUGACGUUUCGGAGUAUGACCACAUGGAUAUUGAACAAAACGAAACGAUAAAUAAAGAAACUGAUGUAAAAAAUGAAAAUGUUAAAAUAAAACAUGAAAUAAAUGGUGAUUUGCAUGAACAAAAUGGUGAUUUGGAUGAACAAAAUGGUGAUUUGGAUGAACAAAAUGGUGAUUUGGAUGAACAAAAUGGUGAGUUACACAAAAAAAAUGGCGAGUUACACAAAAAAAAUGGUGAGUUACACAAAAAAAAUGGUGAGUUACAUGAACAAAAUGGUGAGUUACGGGAAAAAAAUAUUUUGACAGAGAAUAUAAAAAAAUUAAAAAAAUUAUGUAAAGAGCACAAAAAGAACAUAUACGUCUCAUCUUCCAAAUGGGUAUUAAACAAUUCAGGUCAGAAGUUACAAUUGAUGCAGAAGAUAAUAAUAUAUUACGAAGGAGAAAUAUUAAAAAGUUUUAAUUAUCACAUAAAGCCUAAAAUGUUAUUUUUUGAAUUAUUACCAUCAUAUAUAAAUAAAUUUGUGUAUACAAUGAAAGGAUAUAUUGAAUCUGACCAGGUGGUAUAUUUAGAGAAGUUAUGUUUUUUAACGAUAUUAGAUAUUUAUAAAACUCCUUUAUGUUUAAUAUUUACUCCAAAGGAAAUAUUGAUAACGUGUAUAUUAAAAGCAUAUAUAUCAUUAAAAUUGUUGAGUAAUGAGUUACAUAUUCGAUCCUUGUCCUUUCAAGACUUUGAAGAUAAAAUAAAUUCUUUCAUACAAUCAAUCUGUUGUGAAGACCCAAUCAACGUCUAUAGGAUAAAAACAGCCUUGAGAGAACUACGACAACUGCAUUUUUAA